CGCAUUGAUGGAGCGUGGUUCGCGUACGAAGAAGAGAUCUUCGAAGGAGAGCAAAGGCAAGGGAGAACAGAGUCAGCGAAGCCAGCAAAAUGUAUGCCCGCUCGGUAGCCGCGAACUGCUUCCGGACAGUCAAGAGCAGUACCUGUUCCUGUUGGAAUUCUUCAUCCACCACAUGACCAGCGAGCGUCUGGCGAAGCUCAACCAAAUGUUCUUCGUGCCUACAACGAUAACCAUCGAGUUUCUCAACUUCACUGGGGACGACAGCAUCGAGAUAACCCCGGUGGAUCCCUUGUUCCAUCCGCAGGCAGGCGUCGCGGACGACGUCGAGUACUUUUACUCCGGGCGAUCCGUCACGUUCGCCAUCGACCAAUACACGGUCAUUAACAGACUAUACGAGCUGAUAAUCAAACUGUGCGUGGACAAGAAGAUGCCGGAGGGGGUAAAACCGGACGUGCCUGUAGGCAGCGGGGAGUUGGAUCUCUCGAAGCAUUUCGCCGCGUUGAGAAAGGAGAUGCUGCAGUGUUGGCACAAACUCACGCCGCCACCAAAAGUGUUCGAGGGGGAGGUACCGUUGAUCUACAACGAUUCCAUAAUCGGAUGCAUCUGCAUGUUCGUCAGGCUAUCUGCUUUCGGGCAGACCAUCGUCACGGAGUUCGACGCGCCUCCGGACAAAACCGUCUCCUCGUACAUCUUCAAAGGCGACGAUACCAUGGACAAGUCGCCGGCGUACAAAUGUCGCAUAAUCGACUCGAAGACAGCGGAUGUUUGUAGAGAUUCAUUGGACGAAUUGCACAAGGGCGGACCACCGUGUCAAGUUUGCAUCCCUGAUGAACACCCGUGCACACCGUGUAUGCGGCCUACCGGUGCCGUCCUCAAACCUAACGUGACUUCCGACGUAGAUUGUGAGAAACCGGUGUCGGCGUCCAGGCCGACGCGAUCCAAACCGGAAAUGUGCUCGGACGUCCAGAAGCAGCCGGGUCUGAUCCAGUCGAGUCGAGGACCGGCGCAACCCUGCGGGAAGGCGGUGGUCCUUAAGGUUUCCGGUGUGCUGGACACGGGCCAGGAUCGGAAACCCACGGUUACGGUCGCACCAGAGACCGAUGGUACCAGUCCAGUCCCUUGCGAUCCUGAUCACGACGUGUUCGUCCUCAGGAUCGGGAAGAAGGGCAUUGUCGGUGCCGGAGAGAAGUCAGACAUUCAAUUGGAAAUGAGAACACCGAAGGGACCCGAAAGAGGACCACCGAUCAGAUGUGAGACCAGGGAAAUACAGACGGAUGAAAAGAAAGAUAAGAAGAAAAAGAAGAAAAAGAAAGACGAGAAGGAGAAGGGCAAAAAAGACGACAAGAAGGAGAAGAAGAAGUGACGAUCCAGCGUGAUAUCGCUUAGAUGUUCGUUUUGUACUCGCGUUGCGAUUUUAAUAAAUCUGUAUUUAACCGACUAGAAAUCUAUCUUUGUUCCAUCCCUGUUUAUCCAAAAUCUAUCAAAAUCUGUACGACUAAGCGUGAAAAAAUCGAUACGAGAGAAUUGAAAAUAGAGCGCCCUCUGACCAGCUUUUAAACCUAAACAAUUUAUUUGACUCGACGGGAACUUCU